UCACGCAAUAUUAUUAUUAAGAACUUGGAUAUCUAUCUAUUACUUACUUAUUACUGAACCAUAUAUACAUCCAUAACAUGACAAAAAGUAUGUAAUAUUGUAACGUGUUAUUUAAGUGCUGCUGGUGAACGUGAAUGGUGUGAGUUAGUAAGUAACCUUCUCAACCCAUAGCAGUAUCAGCAGUGAGAAUAGUGCGAUAUGUGUAGAGGGGAGGAUGGAGAAAGUCACACUUACAGAAAAACUUAUUAAACUCUUCUUGGUUAAUUUCAUUAAUGGCAUGACAGCCCGUACAACAACUUUAACUUGAACAAAUUGACUCUUUAUCCAGUAAUAACAGAAACAAACGUGUCAUUACAACAUAUAAAGUUCAGUUUCAGCGACAGAAAAUCCCUGUAACGCAUCAUUAUUUUUAAAUUGCACGUCAAAAUUGAUUCUGUUUGAAGUUUGAUAACACUAAAUGUUUAAACGAUUCCAGUUUUUGUUCAUUUAUUGAAUUCCAAUACGUCGUCACAAAGCUAAGCAAAUCGUGUUCAUUUAGUGUAAUAACAAAUAAUAAAAGUUAAUACACAAACGUAAUAAGUUUGAUCUCUACAUAACAAACUUUUAUCCAGUAUACAUUCAACAGUCGUAGAUCGAAGUGGUCAAAGUCUUAAUCAAAAUCAAAAGAGAAGUCAAAGUGGUCAAAGUCUUAAUCAAAAUCAAAAGAGAAGUCAAAGUGGUCAAAGUCUUAAUCAAAAUCAAAAGAGAAGUCAAAGUGGUCAAAGUCUUAAUCAAAAUCAAAAGAGAAGUCAAAGUGGUCAAAGUCUUAAUCAAAAUCAAAAGAGAAGUCAAAGUGGUCAAAGUCUUAAUCAAAAUCAAAAGAAAAGUGUGGAAAUAUUUUCUCGGCGUCAAAUAAUAACGAUUCACGACGGCGUUUUACAAGAGACGAGUUCCAGAGUUGAUACAAAUGCGAGACAUAAUGGAUCCUAUAUUCGACUACCAAUUCAGACUAAUAUUAAUUGGCGAUACGACAGUGGGCAAAAGCACGCUGUUGAGGUAUUUCACGGACGGAAAGUUUUUAGAGGUUUCAGAUCCCACGGUUGGAGUGGACUUUUUUGCCAGACUCGUACAGCUACAAGACGGGACAAAGAUCAAAUUGCAGCUGUGGGACACAGCAGGGCAGGAGAGAUUCAGAUCAAUCACAAAAUCCUACUAUCGCAACUCCGUUGGAGCUAUCAUCGCAUACGACAUAACGUCUCGUGCUUCCUUUGAAAAAAUUCCUAAUUGGAUGGCAGAAGCUAAAAAGCAUAUAGAUCCCGUCGACCCAAUAUUUCUCCUCGUCGGAUGCAAAGGUGACUUGACCAACAUGCGUCAAGUAUCGACGGAAGAAGGGGCCGCGUGCGCUAAGCAGUUGAACAUCCAUUUUCUCGAAACUUCGGCACGCACAGGAAAAAAUGUGGAGGAAGCGUUUCAAACUGUGACGCAAGAGAUUUACAACAAAGUGACGUCUGGUGAUUAUAAAGUUGACGAUGAAAAUUGGGAAGGCAUCAAGUCCGGAUUUGGUCAUAGGAGUUCACAACACAAUUCGGCCAUUAUUCCCGAAGCGAUUCCAGAGAAAUCAAAGUGCUGCUAAUCAAAGUGCAAGUAGCGAAAGACUAAAGGUUUAAAAGUGGAUGGAAUUAAUUGUUGCUCAGAGUUCAUUUAGAGUUAAUUACCAUUCUGUCCGUUGUAUUUUUGCAAACCGUGAUCAAUUACAAAUUACCAUUUAAAUACAAUUUUUAUGUAACGACACUUUUAAAAGCGCUUUUUCGUUAAUUACUUAUGUAACUGUCCGUAUUUAUGUAUUAAAUUGAAUGAGAAUGGAUGAAUUUAUUUUGUCGAGUGCUAUGUAAGUAAAAACGUAAUUGAGUAUUUAUGAUUUUAAACAAUAAUAUUCGUAUAAAUGUGGAUGUUCCCAACCAAUUUUAGGUUACCUUACGUUUUGUGCUAUGUACGCAGUGAGAUUUUUAUUGAUUCAACGUCUUCGACUUUUUAAACAAUUUUAACCAGAGAACAAGUAAUGUUUAUACGAUUUGACGAUUAAAUAGCAUUUAGAAAAAUUAAUAAAAUUGUUAUUCUUGUAAA